CCCGCCCCGCUGCCCCGCGGAGCCCCUGCCCGCUCCGUUCCGUUCUCGCCGUUCGAAUCCCGAUUUCCGGUGAUAUUUCCAAUCCGAACCGAACCGGCGUUUAUCGGGGCGGCCCCGCGGGUCCUUCUGGGGCUGCCGCUGUGACCGGCGGGAAAAGAGGCGGGGGAGCCGCUCAACUGAAGGGAGGGGCGAACCCGCUCCCGUCAUGCCGCUCUGUGAUUGGCUCAGGCCUGGAAGGCGGGUCCGCGCCGCCCGCUCUGAUUCGUCCCCGAGAAGGGGCGUGGCGCCGGAGGGGAAACAUUUCCCGGGAAAAGCGCACGUGUGUCCCGCGGUUGGUUCCCGCCAUGAGCCGCCUGCGGGCGGCGGCCGCGCGGGGGAUGCGGGAGCGGCGGGGAAACGGCAGCGCGACCCCGAAUGGGGAGAACGGCAGGAACGGCAGCAAGAAGGGCAACAGGAACCGUGUGUCGGUCCGUGAAGGGGCUCCCGCUCCACCGCACUCACUGCAUCUCUUCCAUGACCCCGUCGAGAUCGAUGCUCUCCGUGACCGCCUGCUCGCCUGGUACGAUAAAAACCGGCGGGACCUUCCCUGGAGGACGCUGGCUGCAGCUGAACAGGAUGCUGACAGACGGGCGUAUGCAGCACUGGCACCUCUGCACCGAUCCCUCUGUGCUCCCGGCAGUGUGGGUGUCUGAGGUCAUGCUGCAGCAGACACAAGUGGCCACAGUGAUCGACUACUACAACCGCUGGAUGCAGAAGUGGCCAACACUGCAGGCGCUGGCAGCAGCAUCGCUGGAGGAGGUGAAUGAGCUGUGGGCAGGACUCGGCUACUACUCACGAGGAAAGCGCCUGCAGGAGGCAGCGAGGAAGGUGGUGUCGGAGCUGGCCGGCCGGAUGCCCAGGACAGCUGAGGACCUGCAGAAGCUGCUGCCAGGAGUGGGUCGAUACACAGCAGGAGCCAUUGCUUCCAUCUCAUUCGGGCAGGCUACUGGUGUUGUGGAUGGGAACGUGAUCCGUGUGCUGUGCCGCCUGCGGUGCAUCGGUGCUGACAGCAGCAGCCCGGCUGUUACCGACUGCCUCUGGGACAUGGCCAACACCCUGGUGGAUAGGAGCCGCCCGGGGGACUUCAACCAAGCUCUGAUGGAGCUGGGGGCAACUGUGUGCACACCCAAAUCCCCGCUGUGUAAGGAGUGCCCAGUGAAGGAGCACUGCCAUGCCUGGCAUAGGGUGGAGAAGGAGCUGGUCUCUGCCUCUCAGAAGCUGUUUGGAAAGACCACUGUGGUGCCUGAUGUUGAGGACUGUGGGACUGGGGGCUGUCCCUUGUGCCUCCCCACUGCCGAGCCAUGGGACAGCAGCCUGGGGGUCACCAACUUCCCCCGCAAAGCAGCGAAGAAGCAGCCACGGGCAGAGCAGACAGCCACGUGUGUGCUGGAGCGGAGGGGCCACCUUGGGGCCUCUGAGUACCUCAUAGUACAGAGACCCAGCUCAGGUACAGGGCCAGGGCUCCUGGCUGGGCUCUGGGAGUUCCCCAGCCUCCCGCUGGCUCCGGGCCUGAAGGAGAAGCAGCAGAAGGAACUCCUGGCUGACCACCUGCAGGCGUGGAUAAAACAGCCUGUACAGACACAGAGCUUGUGCUUCAUUGGGGAGGUUGUCCACAUCUUCUCACACAUUCACCAGACGUAUGUGGUCUACUCACUGUGCCUGGAUGGGGAUGUAGCCCUGGAUGCUGCCUCGUCCCCAUCCCGCUGGGUGACACAGGAAGAAUUCUGUGCCUCAGCUGUGUCCACCGCCAUGAAGAAGGUGCUGAAGGCGUGGGAGACUCAGCGUGGGGUGCAGAGCGGCCGUGCCAAGGGCUCCAAGCGGAAGCGGGAGUCAAAGCUGGGGGCAGCAGGCAGCAACCCCACAGGGACACAGCUCUCCCUGCGCACCUUCCUCCAGGCACAGACCCCUCCGUGAUGGAACGUUUGGCAGCUGACACCAGCAGGUCCUGUGCUGUGGUGAGUCCUGCGUGGGGCAGCUGCAGGUUCCUCCAUGGCCCUAUAGCUAUCACUGUGCCUUCUUCCACCAGCCCCACAGCCAUCAGCACACCUUCCCCAGUGCACCUGUGGACACAUGCUGUACAAUGGGUUGGUGCGGUGCUGGAUGUGACCCAGAACUGGGCUCAUUCCCCUGCCCUGGGCAUGGGGUGACUCGGCCUGGCCAAGGGGUGUCUCUGGCAGCAAGAAGGAUGUGGCCACGCUCCCAUCAUUCACACAUGCCUGAGCAUCAGCCAGCAGCCAGUGACUGUGGUGCUGUUGUACCCUGACGUGAAUAUUCCCAUAGCCCUUUUUAUGUUUCUUUUGGCUGAAUGCGAGCCAUAGGUUUUUUAAUAAAUCCCCCAGGGGUCUCUUUUAUUUCUUUA